AUGGAUCGUCAGGCUCCUGUUUCCCGGAUCAGCAAAUCCCAGAGAGAGAACCACAGUGAAAUCGAGCGCAAACGCCGUGAACGUAUGAAGCGGGAUACGGAGUUUUUGCGUCGACAAAUCCCCGGUUCACAUUGCAAAGACAAACUGUCCAUCUUUCAGAUUGGAGCGGAACGGUUAAUACAGUAUACUGACAAACUUGGCAAAAGAGAUUACAUCAUCAACGAUGAGGAAUACUCUCGUCUUAUCAUGGAUAACUUUGACGGCUUCGAUGUGCAUAUCCGGUGUUCUGAUGGUGAGGUCACUCAUAUCCACAAAAAUGUCGAGGAGAUUCUCGAUACUUCCGUGAGCGAAAUUAUUGGAAAUCGUAUUCAAGAUUUGGCAGAACCCAGUGCAAGCACUAAAGAAGUAAUUUACAGUGCUUUCCACGGAUCAGAUCUCGACUGGGAUAUUUUUAAAGGUCUUAUUGCUCGCAACUUUAUUUUGGCUUUGCGCUGCGGACCCCGGGUUCCUCUUCAUCAUUGUGUUUACGGUUCCGACGGUGGAGUAUAUCGGUUUAUCGAAUUUUGUGGUGAUUUAUCUCAUCAAA